GGAACUCCGACUUCUCACCCCGCCCUCUCUCUCAACCCAACCACCAAUCCAGCGCCUCACAGCAAGCGGGGGAGUAUGAGCCGUGAUGAGAUGGCCGCCAUGGGCUCCCAAAUCUCCCAACCAGCUGGAACAAGAAGCACGCGGCGGCGCCGCCGCCGCAGCAUCAAAGAACAACAACAACAACAAUAAUGACGCCGACAACCACAAUUACACCAUCGACUGGCGCGCCUUCACCGAGCCUCGGACCUUGAUCGCGACGACGAUCCUAACGACCGGCAUCCUCGGCGCCAUGGCCCUCCACGGUCGCUACUUCCGGUGGUUUCCCGACGCAGUCAGCAUCUCGCCCUCCUACAUGCGCCGCCGGAGUAUCCUAGGGAAGGUGACGAGCGUGGGAGACGGUGAUAACUUCCGGAUCUAUCAUACCCCUGGAGGCCGGCUGGCGGGCUGGGGGUGGUUGCCUUGGAAAAAGAUUCCGACGUCCAAGAAGGAGUUGAGGGAUAAGACGAUUCACAUCCGUCUAGCAGGCAUAGACGCCCCGGAGCUCGCGCACUUCGGGCGUCCCGCGCAGCCAUUCAGCAAGGAAGCGCACGAGUGGCUUACGGCGUACGUGAGCGGGCGGCGCGUGCGCGCGUACGUCCACCGCCACGACCAGUACCAGCGCGUGGUCGCGACGGUGGUGAUGCGGCGGGCGCUCGACUUCCCGAUCCCCUUCCGGCGCCGCGAUGUGUCGUACGAGAUGCUGAAGAAGGGGCUCGCGACCGUCUACGAGGCCAAGUCCGGAAGCGAGUUUGGCGGCGCCGCUACGGAACGCAAGUACAGGCAGGCCGAGUGGUGGGCCAAGCUCCGCGGUUUGGGGCUGUGGAAGGGGUUCCGCCGCAAUAAUGAGUGGGAAAGUCCCCGGGAGUAUAAGACGCGGAUGGGGCUGGAGGAUCCGAUACAGUUGAAGGCGGAGGCGAAGAAGAAAUAAAGAGGGCGCGAUUUUCGAAUCCGGGGUUUGGAAGGGGGUUCGCUGCGUAGGUCCCGUGUUUAUCUUAUCGAGGUCUUAUGUCUACGCGUCAUGAUGGUUACGGCUGGUUCUGAUAUCCUGG